AAUAUCCAGUUUUUCUUGUGCUCUCACUUGCGAACCAUUAGCUCAAACUACUCGGCCAUAAAUUCUGCAAACACGACGUUGACGCUGCGACCUGCGCCCAGUUUCAGAAAACCGGCAUUGCAGAGAACACUGGUGUCACCGCUGCAAGCCGUCUCAAAAGCUGCCGCCGCCGUCAUUUUGCACGAAGCCAAAACACAACGUUACAACACCAUGCGGCCAUCGUCGAAUCCUCCUCGCUCUUCCCUGCGUGCGAAGCCAGUCGUAGCGCUGCUGCUGCUGCUGCUGGUGCUGUGCGUCCAUCACAAGGCGGGCCUCGUAGGAGCAGAGACGGUCAGCCUCCACGCGUCGCAAAUCGCCCCCUUGCAGGCCCUGGAAACCGGUUUGAACGAGACGCUCGUGUACAGCGACCAGACUUGCGAGACCACCUCCACCAUGGGCGACAUCCUCUGCGACGCCGAAGGCUACGUCACCGAAAUCAGUUUUCAGUCAUACUUCGGCAGUGUCUAUUCCAGCAUUCCUGCCGAUAUCUCCCUGCUCACCCGUCUUUCGAAAGUCGAACUCCGCACCCUGAAUUUCGGGGGAGCCGCGCUGCCUGCCAGCCUCGGAGCCGUCCCCAGCCUGGAGUACCUCCAUCUGUCCAACUGUGGUCUCUUUGGCGCCCUUCCCAGCGACCUCAGCGCGUGCACCAACCUCAAGCACCUGGACCUGUCAGGCAACGGAUUCAGCUCGCUCUCUCCCACCAUCAGCUCUCUCGCAAAACUCGAAUUCCUCGACCUCAGCAGCAACGUGCUGGAUGGGCCAAUCCCCUCAGAGCUCAUGGCUCUCACCAAUCUUGCUCACAUUGACAUGCACAACAACAGCUUCAACGGCUCCAUCCCCGACAGCAUCGUCAACCUGCAGGCGCUCACAGACCUGGACCUCUCGGAUAACUUCCUCUCGGGAACCAUUCCAGCAGGGCUUGGCUCCAUCCCCAAACUUCGUCACCUGUGGUUGGGCACUGGCCCUGAAUGCCCCAAGGAGUACACCAGCUGCGUGGUGCCGCAGAGCACAGGCAGCCAGCUCUGCAUGUGGUGCUCCUACUUCUGCACCACCUGCGACAAAAAGAACCCGCUGGACGGUUUUACGCUGCCAAUCAUUCCAGGAGACACCAGCAACAGCUACACCACCAACAACGCCAACUCUAACUCCAAUGCCAACGCCUCCUCCUCCAGCUCUGGGCUGUCCACUGGGGCUAUCAUUGGCAUUGUUGUGGGGGUGGUGCUGCUGCUCGUUGGAUUCGUUGCUGUUGUGUUCAUUGUGAUUCAGUGCGGGAAGAAAUCCAAAGAUGCGGAGGUACCUGUAUAUGCAGAUGGUAACCAGUACCCAGCUGCACAGGGCGCCUAUGCUGCUAGUGGUGGCUAUAAGCCAGAUGCAACUGCCGCGGUGUAACCGUGCUACUGCACCAGCCACUCGUUGCUGCACUCAUCAUCAAAGUUAAUAUGGCCAGGGGUUGUGCUCCAACUGCUGCAGAGCAAACCAAGCUGCUGCACCAGUCAAGUGUGUAACACUUGCUGCUACACUUAUCGUCAAGGGGGCUGUGCUCGUAUGAUAAAGUGAGCUCCCUCUUUGUGUGAAACGUUUGGAUUUUCUUUUACUACUUGCCCUCAUUAUUCGCCUUCACUUGCGCCGAUUGUGUGCCUUUACUUGAAUGUGUGCACAGUCUAGUUUGCCUUUCCUUGGUUACUAUUAUGAGCUACUCAAUGUCUAGAGUUCAAUCCUGAUGUGUGUUAAAUGUGAUGUUGGUUUGAGGAUGUUCUUGUGCACUUUUAU